CUCCGAUAAAGCAUUUGUCGCAUAGUGUGAUGUGAUUGCCGAAUAUAAAUAUUUUUUUAUAUAUUUUGUCUAUUACAUUUGUGUGUGGAAGGUAUUUUGUGGUCGAAGAAAACAGAUAAGUUUAAUACGUUUAAAUAUUGUUUUAACGGAUAACAUCGUUGAAAGAUUGAAGAACAUACGAAUUGCAUGUUAAGCAAAUGCGAAUUGACACCCAUGUCUAUCAUAUGUAAAUCGAAAGUGGCCCAACGAGUUAAGACAAAUAUGCUGUAGUUGAGAGUUUAAGAGUUUAAGUCUUGUGAUCCAAAAAAAUGGACAACAGGAGAAAAUACAACGAUCGAAUCUACCGCGUUUAUUUUUGACAAUAGUGAGAACGGACACGAUAUAGAGGCUAAAAUAUUGAACUUGUGGGGUUAAUUCGUUGGAAGAUUGCAAAUAUCAUUUGGUAUCAAUACACGUGCAUGUAAAGCAAAUGCAAAUCGAAACCACGUGUAUAUCUAAUGUAAAUCGAAAGUGGGUCAACGAGUUAAUUAUUUAAUUUUUAUUUAAGCUGCUUAGUCCAGUGAUCUAAUUCAUGGCGAGUGAAGCAAAUGCAACCAAGGGAUCGUCAGUGUUUAUAUUUUACAAAAAUGAAGAAGGAAACGAUACAGAGGCUGACGAAUUGAAAUUGUACAUUGACAAACAUUACACAUGUCAAACUUAUCAUGAAACAAGUUUGCCAGGGACCUCUAUUCUUAAAUCUAUGCACGGGUGCAUUCAAAAGACUGACCGAAUAAUCAACUUUGUUACAGAAAAAUCAGAUCCAAAAGGAUGGUAUACUUUUGCAGCUUUAGCUGCAUUGGAAAAUAAUAUGUUUGAAAAACACAUGCGACUAUUGAUAGGUUAUAAAGGGGUCAGAGAGGACGAUGUCGGAUUCUUAAAAUCUGGAUUGCUGUAUUUGACACCAACCUUUUUUGACUUGAAUACUUGGCAAGGAUACGAUUGUCUUUUAAAGCGACUGAAAUCUCCUAUGCGUUUGGGGGAUGUACUUCCAGCUGGCAACGUGCACUUCGGAUUAGUGUACUCCCACGUGUCUGGUUACAUGGGCUAUGUUGCUGAAGAGCUGAUCAAUUACUUCAAGACAAAUCAAAGAUUGGUCAGGAAAUUCCUGCUUAUUGUACCAGAAGACUGCAACGUUCCACAGGACCUUGUUACGUCAGAUGAUGCAGAAGGAGAAAUAGUCAUUUCCCAUGACAAAGGGGAUGAACUGGAAUUUAACCGAGUUCAUGCCGAUAAACCAAGAACAUACAAGGCGACCGUAUAUCGAAUUAAAUGUGGAACUGAGGAGUACCACGUCUGUGCCCAGGUCCCGACCGUUCUUACCGCCAUCUCGCAUCUUGCAACGAAUCAUCUGGGGAAAAUAGAUGUCAAACGUGAACAGCAGCGCUUCUGCCAGUCAUACCAACAAGUUCUGGAUGCGAAGCGGUGGAAUGAUGUUGUAGAAAUCGUCACUUGCAAAGAUGUGGCUGACAUUCCGUCUGCACUGUUCAAAAGUGCAAAGUCGCUAGCGAACAAUAUGACAGAAAAUGAACAACCUCAUGGAAUAAAUGAAGCGACAACUAAACUCUCGACUGUUUACCUGUGCAACUCUUCAACCGAUCCCGAUGUCCUACACGAGAUUCGGAACGAGUUGGAUAAACAUCAUAUUCCGCAUAAAACAAAUCUACCUGGAGCAUCUAAACUCUCUGAGGGUGACGAUAGAGAAGGCUGGGUAGUGUUUGUAGUGUCGAAGGCUUCAUUGGAAAGCAGAGAGGCUUCAUUUAAUGUUUUGAAAUGUCUCACUGCUGAUGUCGAUGAAGGACGUCUGAGAGUGUUGUUGGUACUGCGUGGUGAUCUGGAAAUCUCAGAUGUGCCCCAAUGUUUUCGUUGGGUUACGUAUUACAGAGCGAAAGCGGCGGGCGAUACAUCAUACACGAAACGAAUUGUACGGACAGUUUCAGGAUAUCCUGUCGAUAUGGGCAGACAACUCCCCGCAGGAAAUGUCGUUCCUGGUUUAUGCUGGGCAUAUUUUAUAAACUAUCUGAUGAUCACACUUACCAGCGAUUUGGAUAAGACAAUCCAAACUUUUCUGCGAGCAAAAAACGUCGACUGUGGAUGCAUAAGAAAAUUGAUCGUAGUCUGGGUGAAAUCCUGCGAUACCGAAAAGCAGCUGCACAAUCUCGCAAGCGAAAGUGCCACCAAACGCAAGAUGACGCAUACAGGCCAGUUUCUGACAACUACCAACAGUUUGGGAGGACAGAAAGGAAGACCUUUUAACCUGAACGUUUAUGAAUUCACAGAUGAUUCCAAUCAAGACAAAAAGGUAAGGCGAUGGUUCCUCGCGGAGUACUGCACGCCGAUGGCCUGCCUCCAGACGAUGGAGACCGACUUUGCUGGCAUCAGCACCGCCACCAAAGAGAACAUUGGACCUAUGUUCAAAAAGUUGUUUGACGAAAUAGUUUCUCGCGACCACGUAAAGCAAAAGUUAGGCAACAACAAGGUUUCAUUGGUUUAUUUUGAUGACCAACAUUCAGACACUCCUCUUAUAGAUCUCUUGGAAAAGGAGAUUAUGGACCCGGAAGCAACUGUCAUUUACUGAAGACCAAUCAAUUCGUGUAACUGUUGUCCAGAUAUAACUAUACACAAAUUCCUACAGUUGCAUCAAUAGGAUAAUUCAUAAUUGUCACCACGAGUUAUUAUGUUGUGCCGUCCAUAUCAAUACUUUAUUCUAUUGUUGACCUCAUCUUCAUAUUGAAAUUUUGAAUAUAUUUGUUAUUUUGAAUUGUUUUCACUUAAGUUACUUCAGUUCGUCACGAUUCAUUUGUUUUUUUAAUCUAAUUACCGAUUUGUGUUAUUUAUCAGUACUACGCAGAUUUGUUCGGUGAAUAUCGAAUAGUAUAUCCACACGAAACAAAAUCCUUCUUACAAGUAUUUGAAAGAAGACAACUAUUAAAUGUAAUCUUGUUAUUCUGAGAAUAAUGUUAGUUGUUGCUCAUUGAAGUCCACCAAAGUCGUCGAUUUGAAGGAUUAUUGACAUUUAAACGAUAUGGGUUGUGCAUUUGUACUACUUUGACUUAUGAAAUCAAUGUCAGUUAUUAAGUUCAUAAUUGACAUAUAAUCUGUUUAGCUGUUUAUAUUGUAAGUUAUCGCUCGGCAGUAUACCGACAUGAAAAGGCGAUACUUUUAAAAAUAUGUUCAUAACAAAGUUACAUUUUAUUCUUCUUCUAUUACAAUCCGUCUGGGCUUCACAUAUGUACUUUCAUUUUUCGAAAUCUGAAUAACUAAUGAAUUUCAAAAUAUGUUUUAUAUGUAAUAUAAAUAAAUUGUUGCGUUGCUUUGGAAUGCAAAAAUUUAGGAAGCUAUUCUAUUUAGGAGUGAAGUUCACUUUCUGGAAUGAUAACCGUUGAUGGAUCAUCCAUAUAAAAUGUAUGUUAUAUGAUAUUUGACGAGUAAAUACUUGUCUCGUUUCAAUUAUUCUCAGUAUAGCUAUAAUGGCUCAAGGAUACAAUAGCCGACUGAAAGUUUGUGUUAAUAAUUAUUGACUUUUCAUAAUUGAAAUAUACAUAGGUUUGUGAUAUGUUAUUUUUAUACCAGAAUUGCUGCUUUUAUCGAAUGCCUACAGUCUAUUUGCUUCUAUUUGAAAUUGCGUGGCAUGUUUUUCAUUCUGAUUCAAAAACGAACCCUAUCAAAUUGCGUAAAUACUAUUUUGCUUAAAAAAAGGUAAAACGUCUAUGAAGAGCACUCUUGAAUUAGGGUUAAGAAGAAAAAGGACCAGAAGAUGUUUCUACAGUUGGACAAAGGUUCUCAAAUCCGAGUAUGAGUUAGCGUGCCGGUAUCGCUGUAUUCUUUAUGAAUAUAUGUGAACGACAAUUAAUUUAAUGUACGAUUUACAAAUUGUUUAUAAUAUGCGUUUUCUAACUUGCAUCGUUCAUAUAACAAUUCAUGAUGAACACAAGUACAGACAUUUCAUUUUUACUUCUAUCUCGUUGUCAUCAGUACGGUGCCAUGUUGAACCUGUUGUUUGUUAAAUAUGACCAUUAUUUGUGAUUAUGUAUUGUUCAUGGAAAACGCGUUAAGACGUAUAUUAUUCAUACUAUAUGAGACCAUCAGACAAAAAGUAUAGUGUUACAUUUAAAGUGAUAAAAGAUAUCAUACUCUGAAUAUUAUGGUCGAUAUUAUCCUUUGUUUAAGCACUUAUUUAUGAGCACUGUUUUCUUGAUAUAAAUUAUAAAUAAUAUAGGAAAGGUAAAUUAAAGUUAAUCGGUAAAUAAUGACGAAAUUAACAAACGUUGUAACAAUAAAUAAUGCAUUGUAUAUUUCCAUGGCAGGUAAGCUAUAUUGUAUCUUAACUAAAUUGGAAAAUGAUUAUCCGUUAAAUAAUCGCGGGCUUAUUAAAUCGCAAUUAGCAAUUCAUUCACAUUUAUUUAAUUCUAAUUGUGUGUUUUAUAUAAAAAGGUAUACCUAUAAUUAUAGUGAUAGCGUGCAAAUAUUUUUUUAAUUCAGCGGAGAACAGCAAUUUGGAGCUUUUAAAUAGUAUCACAUGUAGUAUCACAUGUUUUAUUCAACGCAAACAGAUUUAACAGGUUCAUGUGCAUUAUUAUAUCCAUUUGCUUAACGUUGUGCGUGUGCUUCAUGUAUAUUUGUAAGAUCAAAUUUAGUAAGUUAUGCAAGCUUUUUCAAUUUUAAGACAAUUGAAAAACAAAUCAACCACGGUUUUAUGUUGUACUUGAGGAUUUAAAUAUUUUUAAUAAGCAUCUCGGUGACAAUACUGUUAUACGAACGUAUGAUUUACUAAUCUUAAAUUGUUGUAUUUUUAAUAACCAUAUAAUGGUAAUACAAUAUACGUCAUCAACAUGAUCUGAAACAGUUAUUAUAUCAACAAAUGUUUACAGCAACUCAUGCACAACUACACAACUUAUUUACACUUGAUAUGAACCUCUUAACUAUAAGAUCUAAAUAUGGAUUUUUUUUUAAAUUUCGUUUUGAUGCGAUCGUAUGCACAGGCAAGGCUUCUAAUUCCAAGCAUUUUACAAGCGAGUUGAAUCCACAAUUACUUCCACCCUACGUAUUAAUCUUUAAAGCGUUGUAAGUAGCUGUUUGAUGAAAACAAUGUGGUUGUGUUGUCAUAGAAUACGAGUUGUAUGGUAUGUCACUUCGAUAGCGUGCACUUUUGUGCUGCGCAUGUUGUUGUUGUUUCGCUUGAAUUGUUAUUUUGUAUUUUAAAUGUAAAUAUAGAUAAUUUACUUUUAACUCACCUGAACACGAAGUGUUCAUUGCGAUCUUUUGUGAUUACCCUGCGUCCGUUGUAUGGGCGACCUGUGUCGUGGUGCAUCAACGUCUAGCUCGUUACUGAGCUCGAAGCAACGUUUGUUAUCCAUUCUUAAAGAAACUUGCUCCGAAGGUAUAUCUUAAAAAUAUACUAUAAGCGCUCGAAUCAUGAUCACGUGUAUCCGAAAACUAGGUCACCAGAUCACAUCUAAAAAACAGUGUUAUCACUCUUGAUGACUCUAUAAUCAAUGGCAAGAAACUUAGCCAACAUGUUUUUCGUUACAAUAUAUAGGCCGAGUUGUAUUCAUGGUUAUGUACACCUAUAUACUAGAUUACAAGUUACAAUAAUAGUUAUCCUUAUUAUGACUGUAUUAGAGAGAUUGUUUUACUCAAUAUUGACGAAACGUGGUCUGAAUGUUUACUUUGACAAUAUUUAGACCAAGUAUGAAUGUCCACCUCUAGCAUUGAAAAUCUAAGUCUACAAGGUCCAAUUUCGGAAAACGACAACAACUUGUAACCACUCUUGAAACCGCAUUUAUUACUUAAUCUUGAUGGAACUAGGUCUGAUUAUGUAUCGUAUUAAUAUUUAAUCUGAAUUCGAAACUAGGUCACAUGCGUCCAAAACUUAGAUUACCAGGUCAGAUUUUAGAAACAAAUUGCAGCAUCUUAAAGGCUACAGUCGGGUCUAAAUGUUUAUUAAACUUGGAUUGUCUGUUUAUCGUGAUAAUACAACUGUCACGUUCGAAUGUGGAUGUUCUGUGUGAACCAAGAACAGCAGGUCAAGUUUCGACUAUUGCUUUACCUCUAAUUCAGAUGGGCGUCUCAUGACCAUAAUUGCCUUAUUGUUUAAAUAGACUGUUGGUACACAUAUUAUGUAACAUAUGCAUGUAUCAUAAUAGUGUUAUUGAAUAUAUUUUUUUAUUCCAACUAUGUAUAGUUACUCAAUGGUUGAUAUGUUAACUAAUUUAUAUUUAUGAUGUGUAAUGUUGACAACUACCCAGUGCUCAAUUUUCACGCAUAUUUCAUAGCAAUUAACUUCAUAAUCGACGAGUUCGUUAAAAAAAAUUGAUAAAUAAAAUAAAAUUAAUUGAAUAUUUGUUUAAUGUAUUGAAUGUUACAAAUUUAUAUAGUAAAAAUAUUAUGCUAUUUAUUUUAAUUACGAUAAAAUUCCAUGUUUACAGAUUUGUGUAUUUAAAAAAGCGGUAUAAACUGUAAAUACGAAUGCCAUCAUUGUGUGUCCAGACUUUGCAAUACACUUGUCAUAGAAUGGUGAGGGCAAUAAUACAAGUUGAUAAUCAUAGUUGAAAAUAAACCAUCAGUAUACAUCAAAUCGUUCACUGCUUAAAAUAAAUGUGUGAACUGAA